AUGCCGCGCAAACAAAGGAAAGGGAGCACUAAGACCAACGGUUCUCCAGUGGAAGAUAAACAGAAGACUGCCUCUAACCAGGCCCUGGCCACUAAUUAUGAAGAAAUACACAAGAAUGAGGCAGACGCUCUGCGUUCGAUUUACGGCGACGAAUUUGAAGAUGUAGAGACGAAACCCUCUGCGUGGAAUCAAUCCUCGACAAUAUCGUUUAAGCUGCAGCUGAAAGCUUCUUCGAAUCCUGAGGUUCGAGUUUGCCUUUUGGUUGAACUGCCAACGACUUAUCCCAAAUCAAUCCCGAUACUAAAACUGGAAAGUGUCCAGGAUGUUAGGCACAGUGCCAGACAACGGCUUGAGGAUGUCCUAAAGUCAAAGCCCGUAGAACUUCUGGGAUCCGAAAUGAUUUAUGAACUGGCAGUCGCGAUUGAAGAUGUGCUGGAGGAUUCCGCUCAGGCUCAGGCUCAAGACAAGGACUUACCAAGUCUCGAGGAGGAACGUAUCGUCCAAGAGGCUGCUGCCCUUCAGCAGGCCGAAAAGCUGAAACAGGAGGAGCUAGCACGGCAGCAGGAAGCAUCCGUUGAGGAAGAAAAGUCAUUACAGCUGCUGGUGGAAGAUAAACUAAAACAACGCCAACGAGAGAAUGAACAAUUGUCUCGCCGCAAGAGUAGGACUAAUGCCGAUGAUUUCGGCCUUUUAGAGUCGGCUGUCGAUGUCCCGGGCUCAAUAUCGUUUGAUCCUCCAAUGACAAUUACUGACUUGCAUGACCGCCCUCUGUUGUUCAAGUCGGUUAGUGGAAAGAAUAUACUUGGCAAAUCUCACUAUAAAGAGACGUUCCUUGUUAGGCCCAAUGUCUUGGGGAACACACCGCUGGUACCGCUUCUAGUUUUGAAGGAGAUAUUCAUUCACGAGAGCGAGAGUAAGUCAAUAGAUCUUCGGUUCCAGAUCAGCUUGAGUGAGGAUAAACUGGAAUUUCUGAAGAAGUUGCGACAUCCAAACCUGGUGGAUUUUAUUGGCUUCAAGAUUCAACGCCCCAUAGAAUCAUUUACAGGCCAAGCGGGAACAUGGCAUAUAUAUGCACUUUUUGAGCAUGCCAAUAAAGGUUCUCUAUCUGAACUACUGGAUAUCGUUGGCGGCGUUCCGGCAGAGAAUGUUAGGGCCUGGAUGAUCCAACUGGUUGAAGCUCUUGAAUAUUAUAACCGCCAUGGAGUCGUACAUGGAAAUAUUCACUCUGGCCGUGUUUUGCUCUUCAGGAGCCCUUCAAGUACCACGACGGUGAAAUUACUUGGUAAUGUGGAGGAAGUACUCCCGCUAUCAUCCACAGCAAGAAGAAGGAGCCUUACAACUCCAAAAUCUCCAUUUUGGCUACCUCCGGAACUCGCAGGUGAAGGAAUGAAACCAACUAUAAAGACCGAUGUUUGGGAUUUAGGUAUCCUAUUCUUGCAGAUGGGCUUUGGGAAGGAUAUCUUACAACGAUAUACAUCUGCAGAUGCGGUCAUCAACUCUAUCGACCUAUCCCCUCAACUAGAAGAUAUGCUCGUUGAGAUAUUCAGAUCUGAUCCGAAAAAACGUCCGACACCGUUCCAGAUUCAGCCAUUUGAAUUCUUUCGUGUGGAUACCCCGUUGGUCAUUCCAGUUGGCACGCCCGGUUCUUCUUCUCUUCCAAACCGUACACGGCAUGAUUCGCAGGGCCACUUGGCAGCCGUGUCUCGCUACAGUCAUGAUUUCGAUGAAGUCGGCCGGCUUGGGCGGGGCGGCUAUGGUCUGGUUGUCAAAGCCCGAAAUAAGCUGGACGGUAGAUUUUACGCUGUCAAGAAGAUAUCCCAGAAAUCACCUGUGGCUUUAAAAGAUACGCUGUCCGAAAUCAUGUUAUUGUCAAGGCUUAACCACCCAUACGUAGUGCGAUAUUUCACAGCAUGGCUAGAGGAGAAUUACGGUGCAGUGGAUGAUGAGGACGAUUCGGAUGCGGUUCUCUCAUCCGAGGGCUCAAGUUCACAUUCCGGAGAUAAUAUUGAGUUUGGCUACAGUACUAGUGGUCUGGAUUUUAUCAGUUCAAGCGGAUAUCCGAAAGUUGAAUUCGGAUAUGAUACGGAUGAGGAGGCGGAAAGUGAUACCAUUUCAGAUGGCACUGGUGUCCAGAAAAAGGGAGGCGAUGCUAGCACUACGGAAGAACGCUUAUCGCUUCGCCGAAUAAGAUCAGGCUCGCAGUCGCGUGCCAUCCCUACUACCCUUUUCAUUCAGAUGGAGUAUUGUGAGAAACAUACAUUACGUGACUUAAUCAGAUAUGGGUUGCAUGAGAAUAUUGACUCUUCAUGGAGGCUUUUCCGGCAAAUCCUUGACGGCCUCAAUCAUAUCCAUUCUCAUGGAAUUCUACAUCGAGAUCUCAAGCCAGAUAAUAUCUUCAUCGAUAUGGCAAAUAAUCCACGUAUCGGAGACUUUGGUCUAGCUACAAGUGGGCAGCUUAGCUCAACCGAUCGGUCAUCCGCACUGGAGAGCAUUGGAGGCGGAUUUACUCAGAGUAUUGGCACAACAUACUAUGUAGCUCCAGAGGUUAAAAAGGCCUCUAUGGGGCAGUAUAACGAAAAAGUUGAUAUGUACUCUCUUGGUAUCAUCUUCUUUGAAAUGUGCUACCCUCUUGAGACUGGAAUGGAACGCGACCGAACGCUUCAGGACAUCAGACAAAAGCAGCACACCCUUCCCGAAGCAUUUAAUCUUCCAGAGAAAGUGGCCCAGGGAGAAAUAAUCCUAUCUCUCAUUAGUCACCGCUCUAGUGAGCGACCAACCACAACUGAGCUACUUCAGAGUGACAAGAUACCACUACAAGUUGAAGAAGAGAUGUUUAGAAAAGCAGUUAUGGGGCUCCUGUCUGAUCCCAAUUCCCCGGACUACAAAAAGAUACUCUCUGCCAUCUUUUCCCAGCCUCGAAAGAAAUUCGAAGACAUCGCAUGGGAUAUGGACUCCCGCACGAGCCCUACAGCUACGGAGCUGUUAUUACAUGGGAUGAUAAAAGACAGGUUGACUUCAUUGUUUCGAAAGCAUGGUGCGGUGGAGACGUCAAGGCAAUCCCUAUUCCCGCGGUCAUCCCAUUACGGCCCCGGCGCUGUACGGCUUCUAGACCCGGGAGGAAACUUAGUUCAACUACCCUACGAUCUCACUCUUCCAAAUGCUCGAGCCCUACCAAAACAAGACUUAUCUGUUGAAAAAGCAUUUUCAUUCGGCACAGUUUACAGGGAGUCUAUCCAUAGAGGCGAACCCAGGGGCCAUAAGGAGGUCGACUUUGACAUUGUUUCUUAUAACACAUUAGAUCUACCCUUGAAGGAAGCAGAGGUCAUCAAGGUACUAGACGAGAUCAUUGAUGAAUUCCCUCCUCUAAAGGCAUCUCAGAUGUGCUUCCACAUCAACCAUUCCGACCUCUUGGAGGCUGUGGUCGGAUUUUGUCGUAUAACGCCUGAACAGCGACCCAUUGUAAAAGAGGUGAUUAGCAAACUAAACAUUGGGCAGUACACAAUGCAGAGAAUCAGAAGUGAACUCCGCUCACCGAGUAUUGGAGUUCCGUCAACAUCUAUUGACGAUCUAUCGCGAUUCGAUUUCCGAGAUACCCCCGAGAAAGCAUUAAGCAGGCUUCAUGCGAUCAUGGAUGGCACCGAAUACGCAGAUAGAUUGUCACCUAUCUUUAAUCGAUUGAAUAUGUUGGUGUCUUAUUUGGAGAAGUUCAAAGUGAAACGAAAGGUUUACAUUAGCCCUUUAAGUAGCCUGAACGACAAAUUUUACAAUGGCAGCAUACUCUUCCAGUGUGUUUUUGAUAAGAAGAGGAGGGAUGUGUUUGCAGCCGGUGGACGGUACGACAGUCUGAUCCAGGAGUUCCAGCCUAGCUUGCGUUCAAACCGUCCUCGGUCUCAUGCUGUUGGUUUUAACCUUGGGUUGGAUAAAUUGAACGGGUCAAUGACGAAUUAUCUUAAAGGGUCUAAUAAGGCCUUCCUGAAGCCAGAUGCGGAGGUUGGAAAUAUCUGGCGUAGGAACAAGUGUGAUGUACUGGUUGCUAGUUUUGAUCCUUCUGUCCUUCGGACUGUUGGAGUUGGUAUCGUCUCAACUCUAUGGGCAAACGACAUUAGUGCUGAGCUUGCAGCCGAUACAACACCUUCAUUGGAAGACCUUCUCACCAGAUACGUAGACGAUAACUACAGCUGGGUGGUUAUUGUCAAACAAGACAGUAUCGAGAGGGGUCUAAGGGUUAAGAGUGUUCAGCGAAAGGAAGACUUUGAUGUGAGAAGCUCAGACUUGGUCCCUUGGCUUCGAAAUGAAAUGCGCGCCCGCAAGAAGUUCAAACAUGACCGUCCUCCCGAGUCUCCAAAGCUCAUCAAACAUCCUAGCCAGAGUGAAGCAAUUCUUUCAAGCAAGGAGAGAGAUCCGGAGGUUAGAAUCCUGACACCACUUCACAAGAACAAGAAGACAAACAGGAGAAAUAUAGUUGAAUUUGCACUUCGUCGCUCUCGUGAGGUGCUUGACAAGGGACUUGAUGGACCGAUUGCUGCGAUUGAUAUUCGGGAUGAUGUCCUUGAAAGUAUUCGAGAUACUCGUCUUUCUGAUCCAGAUAGUUGGCGAAACGCCAUUCAGAGCGCACCGCUGGUCGAACGGAAAUAUUUAGGGAACAUACACGAGCUGCUCAUGGACCUCGCGAGUGAGAGUGUCGCCCAAGAUGGAACUGUUAAAUAUAGCAAUGCUUUUGUCUACAAUUACCGGACCGGAAACUGCAUUUAUUAUGAUUUGAAACGAGGAAACUAA